AAUACGCACAGAAAUCGCAAUUUUAUGUAAAAGUUUAUUCCAUCCACGCAAGCCUAAAUCAGCAAUUACCUCUUCAAUAAGAGAGGUUGUGCCGGCAAGUUUGGCGCCUUCCAAAGUAUACAGCAAUAACGCCCUCGGCAGAAUGUGGCAGAUGCAAUUGAUUUUCCUUAAUCUGCUAUUCCCUGCUUUUUUUAUUUCCGUGGAAUUGCUGGGGAAUGCGGCAGCUGUACGUCGAUCCAAGGUACCAAAAGGAUGGCAACGACGGUUGGAUAAGGACAUUUUCAAUAAACUGCGCAAACGGCUUGUGUGCACGCGAACGGAAUUGCGAAAAACGGCGCAAUUAUUCCAGGGCGAUAUUAUCAUUGAUAGCGCCUUUAUGGAUGGGUCGCUCACCUUUACCGGUGAACUGCAACCCGAACAAUAUUGGCCCAGAGGAACACCGGUGCCUUACAAAAUAUCUGACAAUUUCGAUGUGUCACAACAAAUCAUGAUACGGAAAGCAAUGGAUGAUUUAACACGGCAGGUUUCGGGAUGCAUUUAUUUUAAAGAACGUGACGAUGAGCCGGAUUACAUAUACAUCGUCUACCCUCCAGUUAGCACAAUGUGCAGCUCCAUAAUUGGACGGCGGACUGGUGAGCAGGUACUGAAUCUUGGAGAACAUUGCAUGUUACAUGGGACUAUUCAGCACGAGCUCAUGCACGCACUGGGCAUCUUUCAUGAGCAAUCGCGCCCCGAUCGCGAUCAACAUAUCGUCAUAUUUGAAGAGAAUAUUAUACCGGGAACGCAAAGCAACUUCCAAAUCCUUCCCAAGAUGGCAACAUAUGGCGUUCCUUACGAUAUCGGCUCCGUUAUGCACUAUGGUUGGAAUGACCUUUCUGUUGACUCGGAAAAACCAACGAUUCUGCCUCGAGACGAAAACGCUAAAGCUAAAAUGGGACAACGGGACGGCAUGACAAUGUACGAUGCAGUUAAACUGAUGGUCGCUUACAACUGUCCAGUGCCGAUGUCGACUACAAUGGCGUCAACCGCGCCGGUAUCGUCGACGAGAACAACACUACCUGCAUCCACAAAGAAGUCCACAGGUGCUUUGAGUUUGCCGGUAAUACAGAUUGAUGACAUUUCUGCAACUGAAUGCAGAAGUCUUAACAGCAGAAACUGUGACGUUUCCUCGCAGUCCAACGAUUGCAAAGAUUCUAUCCUACACAUUGCCUGUGGAAUUUCGGCAACAAACGAUGAAAUUCAGGGAGUUUUCCGAAAGUUUGCAACUCUCCGCAAAAGUCGCCCCUUGACGAUAGAAAUGCAGGGCAACCGAGUGCUAACCGAACAUCUUUUUGAGUCGGUUCGAAAUUAUGUUAUUGAAUUAACAGUUGGCUAUCAUAAUGGAAUCACCGGAAAUAUUUUAAAAAAUUUAAACCUCCCACAUCUUCUUGGGCUGGGAUUCUGGCAGUGUCAAAAUAUUAAUAUUCCGGAUGACGCGUUGUAUUCAUACAAGAAUCUGCGAAUGCUGGAAUUCGGCGACAGCACAGUUGAUUUCAUGAGUCAAACCGCAAUAUCGAGUUUACCAAACUUGAAAUUAUUAGCGUUGGAGUAUGAUGUGGAGCCCCCCUUUCGGUUAUCACAAGCAAAGUAUAUAUGGAAGUUACACUGCAGCUGCGAUUAUCAAUGGCUCCGCGACAUUCUAAUUGAUAAACCGUUUUUGAUAGCGGAAAAACAAUGGGGCGAAAUACAUCAGUACGGAAAUCGCGGAAGUAUACCGUAUACAAAAAAGAGUAUUUUUAUCCCAGUUGAUUGUGCCAGAAGUACAGAGAGGGCAAUUUAUUAUAACGCUGUGGGUACGUUCUCGACAAAUGUGCAGUGUUAAAUCUUUUAAUUUUAUUGCUAAUAUUGCAAAUACAUUCCAAGAAGUGUCUAUAUCUUCAUUUAUAAAUGCUGCACACCCUUUAUUUAUGUCAUACGAAAAGCCAGUAAAACGAGGAACAUUUCGCCAGA